GAAUUAAAUGCUUGUCUAUGUCUUUCUCUCUUUCUCUACCUCUCGGUUUUUUCGAUCUGUUAAAAUUUCCAAAACGCACAAUAAUCUCCGGCCGCUCUCCAUUGGAAUUGUGUGUGUGUGUUUGUGUCGCAAUGGAAAAAUGCGUCAACUACCGACUACUGAGCGUGUAAAAGGCUUGUAGCAGCAGCAGCAGCAGCAGCAGCAGCAGCAGCAGCAGCAGCAGCAGUAGCAGCAGAAGUCGGUACCAACAGCAGCAGCAGCAGCAGAGGUGGCAGUGUGGCACACACAUCGACGACAACAUCAGCAGCAGCACAUGACCGGAUUCAUUUUCAUGCAUACAUUCCUCAUACACAUGAAGCAUGGGCCACCACACACUACAUCAAAAUGGAAUUGAAUAGGCUCUAACGUAAUACGAUAUGCGAAUUAAAUCAUUAUGUCAUUAGCCAUAAUUCAGUUGAUGUUUUGCUGCCUGCUGCACUGUACACGCGCAAACAGCGACGAAAAACAUAUACUAACCGAGUGGUCGAAAAUCGGGAGAGAUAUUUCGAUUAAGCCAAAAGUAUAAACCCAAAUACUAUUACCCAAAAUAUUGUUAACUCUCGGUCGAACAGCAACGACGACGACGACGACGACGACGAUAAUGAGUCCGUGUUGAAUUAAACCCAUACAGCAAACGAAUUUUACGAUUCAAUUGAAUUUUGAUACGGUUUAUCUAGCCGAAAAACACAAUUUACACAAUAAACUAAAGUGCAUAUCGAUAUAUAGAUCGGAGCAACAACUGAGCUUGUAAUUAAUGUUCGAAAUUGGAACUUCUGUUUGCUUUAUUGCGCUCACCCUGUCUGCUCCAACCAUAUUCAUGUGUGUAUCGAUUCCAAUUCCGAUUGAGUGUACUCCGAAUUCGAAUUAGUGUGUUUCGUAUUUAAAUCAAUAAUGGUCUCAUGCGGUUUGAGGUUCUGAUUGCAAAUAUGAGAGCACCCCUUUCAGUUUCGUCCCCUCUGAUGAGCAAAACUAACACACACAUACACCAUACAUAUAUACGUUAUUGCAAGUUUUGUUGUUGUUAUUAUUUGUUUGUUUGUUUGAUGUGAAAAACUUCGGUAAGCAUUGUAUCAGGUGAAAAGUUUUCGAUUAGUUGGUGAUUUGUGUGCGAGUGUUGUGUGUGAGUGCUGGACAUUUUUAAAAUUGCCAACACAUUCCAACCAACCUAACAAACGAAAAACACCGUGUCGAACACAUUUUCACUUGGCUCAGCAUAUUUUGUGCGCCGGUUGUUGUUUUCAUGGAAAAUUUCGGUUGACAAUUUCAUGAGUACAUUGGGUUGUUGUAGUUUUUGUUUUGGAACGCAGUGAUUCGGAGAAAAAAACAUUGAAACAUAUAAAUAAAAUACCACGAUGACAAUAUUUACGUGUAGCAUUUUUUCAUUGACACUGGCCAGCAUCAUCAAUUUGAUCGAUGCUCAAGGGCCAGUUGCGACGGCGCUAUUUCUCGGUGAACCCGGCCUAUUCAAUACAACACGCGAGGACUGUCUAUGGAAGCGUGGCAAUGAUCGCGACCAGUGUCCAGAUCCGGAUAUCACGAUGACUUUAUUUCCACCGAAAAAACCUCAUGCAAAAUCAAAGGUUGACAUCACUCAACGUGAUUGGUUACGAAACAGUGGCUGGGAUCGCGACAAGGAAAAUGUGAUUCUAAUUCAUGGUUACGGUGGUAAUGUCGACGCUUUACCCAUGUCCGUCUUACGAGAUGCCUACGUGAAUCAUGGUAACUACAAUGUGUUUAUGGUGGAUUGGGGAGUUUUGUGUCGGCCGCCGUGUUAUGUAGCAGCUGUUCACAAUCUAAAACCUGUUGCAAAAUGCUUGGCACAAGCUUUUUCGUUUUUACGUAAUUCUGGUAUGCCGGUUCAGCAAACGCUUUGUGUUGGGCACAGUCUUGGUGCCCACCUUUGCGGUUUGAUGGCGAAUUAUUUAGAUUUUCGCAUCGAACGGAUUAUCGCUCUCGAUCCGGCCCGUCCAUUGAUAUCGCCAGGCAUCGGAAAUCGACUAGACAGCGGCGAUGCAAAAUCAGUUCAAGUCAUGCACACAAAUGCUGGGUACUACGGUGAAGGCGGACGUGUUGGACACGUUGAUUUCUGUGUAAAUGGCGGCAAACGACAACCGUUUUGUUCCAGCACUUCAAACGCGAAUUUAUGCAGUCACAUUUGGUCCGUGUGCUAUUUAUCGCAGAGCAUCUACGAUAGUUCGCUCAUGAAUGCUGAACCAUGCACCAGACGAUGUCCAGUUGGUAUUCGCAGUUUUCGAAACAAUCGAUUUUUGUAUCGGCAAAAUGUCGGUUUCGAUAUUCCAAUGGGUCAACACACUCCGAUGAAUGCUUAUGGCUCGUAUUGUCUGAAAGAUAAUGGAGUACCAUUUUGUCCAUCGGAAAGCAAUCCAGUCGGCGAUGCUCGAUGUUGCAUCGGAGUGAACCAGGACGGUGGUCUUGAUGAGGUCAGUUUUCGUAGCAAUUCCAUUGAAACGAUGGUCGAUUUAAUGAAAGUGCGAAACAGAACCUGAAACAACGCUCCCACAUCCUCUCUCAUCUUAGGCGCUUUUCUAUUCUUCUUUUUUUUCAUCAAAUGAAAAGCAAUUCUAAGUUGUAAAUGAUUAGAUUAGUUAGAAAAUGUAUUAGAAUUACAAUUUGAUACCAACAAAUUUUCAUGUAUGAAAUGAACCAUUUUUUCCUCGAUAAGAAUAGUUUUUAUUUUUCAAAACAAAAUUAAAGAACAUUUUUGUGGCAGAAAAAAAAGAAAA